GUGAAGGAAAAAAAUUUGACGAAAUACUAUGUUGUGGAAGCGUAAUUGCAGUGGACAAGUGUCACGCAAAUUCAAGCAACAGAUUUGCUGAGUUGAAGGAUCUUCAAAGACUCGGCUGCAUCCCAGAAUCCCUUGAGAUUGAUAGCAAAGCCUACAGACUUCAAGGACUGAUCCUCAAAGAAAUGGAGGAAAAACAAUCUCCCAUAUCAGCAGAUUUUGCACGAAGAGUUGGGGACCUACACAAACCACAGCCUCUUGAUGAUAAUCUUGUGGAUCAAAGAGAACAAGGAGUUCCUUUUUCUGGUGAAGAAAAUAUGAAUGAGCCUAAGGCAUUUUACCUUGAAAGACAUAAAGAACAAUGGUUUACCAUCACAUACAGUAACACUGAAGAGUGGAGAACUCCGUUCAUUGAAUCAGAAAAACUGAAAUAUAUUGUCUACAUGUAUUUUUACACUGAAGUGAACUCUAGAGUGGAAGCAAAUAAAGUGAACAAUGCCGAGAGCAUCAGACCGUUUGACCAGGCCUUGCCUCUUUCCAAAGAUAAUUCUGAAAUAAGCAGCGCUGCUGCAAUGACUAGAAAGACUGAUGACGCAAGCCGCGAGUUUGAAUUCAAUUUGCAAAAAAAACUCCUGCAGAAAGUGCAAAAAAAUUGAUCAUCUUCCGAAAGCGUGCAUAGAAGUGGAGGAGGGUGAAGAAAAAGAAGGCAGGGUCCAAGUAGAAGAAGCUAUGACUAAAGCACUGAUUAGAUCCUGUCCCAACUGCAACAUCAAAUUCCUCAAGAUUGAUGGGUGCAACAAGAUUGAGUGCAGCUGCAAAUGUUUAGUGUGUUAUAUUUGCAACAGGAUUGUUGAAUCUUAUGAUCAUUUCUACGACUCUGCUGAAGAAGCCAUCACUGGAAGAUGCCCUCUUUUUUCUAAUAACCAAGAACUGCACGUCCAGGCUGUUCUCGAAGAGGGAGUCAGGGUGAAAAAGGAUCUGGAGGCUCGAGGCAUCAAUUUGAAGACAGAUCCAACCGAGAACUUCCCACAAUCGCCUCAAUAGUGUGUUACGAAAUUUGGGCAGGGAUGUUAAAAAUGCUGGUUAGUUGGGUACCCCUGAAAAAUGAAAUUAGAUUUUCUUAAUGUGUUUCAUUAUGUGUAAACAAAAUUAGUUUAACUCCCGGUCGAUGGUUGCCCAUUACUCGUUACAGGGCCGACACUGCCGACAGUGCCCUUUUUUGACACAGAGGUGCCCAAAAUUUUUGAAUUUGUGCAAGUAAUUUCCAGCAAUUAUUAUAAACCUAGUUGAAGAUGCAGAAAAGGCCGGGAUUGUUCAAAUAUUGCUGAUAUGUAAUAAUCAUAUAAACAAGCUUAAUUGUAAAAAUAUGAAUAAUUUUAUAAGGGCAAAUGCUUUAAGCACCCGUUGUACACAUACUUGUGUGCAAUAAAUACUCUAUCUAAAAUAUUGCUGACUUAAUUAAAUGACUUAUUUCCCUGACUCAGUG